GGUUAGGGCCUAGGCGAGAUCCUGCUGAGUGGACGGGAACGCGAGCCGGAAGGGGGGAGGGACGGAAAAGCCCUGAGUUCACUGGUCACGUUUCCCUGCUUUCUUCAUAACGAAGGGUCUGAGGCUGGGGUUUUGAAGUAAUUUUUCAGACAAUGCAGAUCUUCGUGAAAACCUUAACUGGCAAGACCAUCACCCUCGAGGUGGAGCCCAGUGACACCAUCGAGAAUGUCAAGGCAAAGAUCCAGGACAAGGAGGGCAUCCCCCCCGACCAGCAGAGGCUGAUCUUUGCCGGCAAGCAGCUGGAAGACGGCCGCACCCUGUCCGACUACAACAUCCAGAAGGAGUCCACCCUGCACCUGGUGCUGCGCCUCAGAGGUGGCAUGCAGAUCUUCGUGAAGACCCUGACCGGCAAGACCAUCACCCUCGAGGUGGAGCCCAGUGACACCAUCGAGAACGUCAAGGCGAAGAUCCAGGACAAGGAGGGCAUCCCCCCCGACCAGCAGAGGCUGAUCUUUGCCGGCAAGCAGCUGGAAGACGGCCGCACCCUGUCCGACUACAACAUCCAGAAGGAGUCCACCCUGCACCUGGUGCUGCGCCUCAGAGGUGGCAUGCAGAUCUUCGUGAAGACCCUGACCGGCAAGACCAUCACCCUCGAGGUGGAGCCCAGUGACACCAUCGAGAAUGUCAAGGCGAAGAUCCAGGACAAGGAGGGCAUCCCCCCCGACCAGCAGAGGCUGAUAUUUGCCGGCAAGCAGCUGGAAGAUGGCCGCACCCUGUCCGACUACAACAUCCAGAAGGAGUCCACCCUGCACUUGGUCCUGCGUCUGAGGGGAGGUGUCUAAGUUCCCUCUCAAGCUUUAACAAAUUUCAUUGCACUUUUCUUUCAAUAAAGUUCUUGCAUUCCAAGUA